AUGGUGGAUGAUGACCACAGCCUCUGUCCUUGUCGGAAGAGCACAUCAAAGGGAUUUUUAAUAAAGCAUCAUGCCGAAAAGCAAGGAGAAGAUCUUCACUACGCAAAAGCCCCAGAUGGUGGCUGGGGAUGGAUGGUCGUACUGCACUUCUUCUUGGUAAAUGUGAUUGUGAUGGGAAUGACCAAGACGUUUGCCAUUUUCUUUGUGGUUUUUCAAGAAGAAUUUGAAGGUACCUCCGAGCAAACUGGCUGGAUUGGAUCCAUCAUGUCCUCACUUCGUUUUUUUGCAGGUCCUCUGGUUGCCAUUACCUGUGACAUAAUUGGAGAAAGAACUGCCUCCAUUUUUGGAGCUCUCCUUCUUACCAGCGGAUACCUGAUCAGCAGCUGGGCCACAAGUAUUUCUUUUCUUUGUGUGACAAUGGGAUUUUUACCUGGUUUGGGAUCCGCUUUCUUGUAUCAAUCAGCUGCCGUAGUACUUAGCAAAUACUUCAAAAAACGACUGGCUCUUUGCUCUGCUAUUGCUCGCUCUGGAAUGGGACUCACAUUCCUCCUAGCACCCUUUACAAAAUUCCUAAUGGAUCUGUAUGACUGGACAGGUACGCUAAUAAUAUUUGGAGCUAUCACAAUGAAUCUGGUGCCUUCCAGUAUGCUCCUAAGACCUCUCCAUAUCAAAGGAGAGAGCAGUUCUGAUGUCAGAGAGAGAAGCAACAAUGUGUCUGCAAGUAUUUCCAAAGCUGUAUUUGAAACAGAAACAUCAGACUUCAAUGAGGUACAUGUAUCGACUGCUGGGGACAGCAGAUCAUAUAAGGCCGGACAGCACACUACAAGUUUCAUAGCCUCGCAAAACCAAAGCAGAGAGUCUGACAAUGGGCCUAACAGGAAUACAGAACUAAGCCCUAUGAAUAAUGAAAGUGAUGAGAAGGUCACUUCCAGGCACUGUAAAUGCCAGCUCUUUGAUAUUUCUCUUUUUAAGAAUCCUCUCUUCUACAUAUUUACCUGGUCCUUUCUCCUCAGUCAACUGGCAUACUUCAUUCCUACUUUUCAUCUGGUUGCCAGAGCCAAAACACUGGGAAUCGACAUCAUGCAAGCCUCCUACCUUGUUUCUAUAGCCGGUAUCACUGAGACAGUCAGUCAGAUUAUCUCUGGAUGGAUUGCUGACCAAAACUGGAUCAAGAAGUACCAUUACCACAAGACUUACCUCAUCCUCUGUGGCAUCACUAACUUGCUUGCUCCCUUGGCCACCACAUUUCCACUUCUGAUGACUUAUACUAUCUUUUUUGCCAUUUUCACUGGUGGCUAUCUGGCAUUAAUACUUCCCAUACUGGUUGAUCUGUCAGGGAUUUCUAAAGUUCACAGCUUUCUGGGACUUUCAUCCUUCUUUGCUGGAAUGGCUGUCCUUUCUGGACCACCCUUAGCAGGUUGGCUAUAUGAUUAUACCCAGACAUACACUGGAUCCUUCUACUUUGCUGGCACAUGCUACAUCCUUUCUUCAGUUUCCUUUUUCUUUAUACCACUGGCUGAGAAAUGGAAAAGCAGGGUCUGA